UCAUCAUUUUGCUCCCAUCCAAUCACCGAUCAGUAGUGACAUCAAUGACAUACACUGCUUGCCUACUUAUAGUCGUGGACAUGUGAGUACUCGCCACUGAGCUACUGCAACUACUACCACUACUAUCACAUUGUCGAACUAAAUCAAUGGAAACCGCUAAUAUCUAUCGUGCUGUUGAAGAGCAUUAUUCUUCUCGCGCUUCAGCCGCCUCCGAGUUUAGCCAAACGGAGGCUAUCGUGGACAGUGAUCGCGUUGCAAGCGCUUUUGGAUACACCACCGAGGAACUAUCGACUAUUCCUGUCACCUCGAAUCUCGGAUUAUCAUGCGGCAAUCCUGUUGCCACUGCAAAUUUAAAGGAGGGUGAGACCUUUCUUGAUUUAGGAUCAGGAGGCGGUCUCGACGUUUUUCUUGCUGCAAAGCGCGUAGGUCCUGCGGGAAAAUGCAUCGGAAUUGACAUGAACGAUAAGAUGCUCGAACUUGCACGAACCAAUGCCACCAAGGGUGGUUACACUAACGUGCAAUUCGUCAAGGGACUAAUUCAUGAUCUACCGCUUGCUCCACAAUCCGUGGAUAUAAUAUCCUCCAACUGUGUUCUUAACUUAGUUCCUGAAACGGACAAACCUGCCGUGUUUUUGGAGAUUACUCGCGUUCUGAAACCAGGCGGGCGGUUGGCUAUCUCGGAUAUCCUCUUGAAGAAGCCGCUACCUGAAGACCUGCUGUCGGAUGUUUCUUUGUAUGUCGGAUGCAUCAGUGGUGCAAGCACCCCGAAACAAUACCUGGAAUGGAUGGCAUCAGCUGGGCUUAGUGACAUGACAAUUGUAGACACAAAGAAAGACUUGAACGUCUACAAGUUGAACAGGAGCAACCAGGAGAAACCAAGAGCUUGCUGUGUGGGUAGUGAAUCCAGUGGAUGUGGUCUGAAACCUUCAGAUUCCAAGCCUACACCUUCAAUUCGAGAUCUUGACUUGAAUCAUUAUGCAGCCUCUUAUCAGAUUUAUGCCGUCAAGAACAAGUAGAUGCCUAUAGCGGGGACGGAGUGCCAGAUGGUGAUCUUCUGGUAAAAGUCUUCAAGGCGAGCCUCGUGGGAAUAACUUGUAUUUUGUAUUUUGUAUGGGCGCUUAAAGUUAUGCUAAGUUG